AUGGCAACUCCAAUCCAACAAAAUCUCCACGACCAAAAUACGCAGUAUGCAAACACCUUUGAUCAGGGCCACCUAGCCCUGCCACCCGCGAAGAAAUACCUCGUCCUAACAUGUAUGGACGCCCGCAUCGACCCUGCCGCUGCAUUCGGCAUAUCCCUCGGCGAUGCCCAUGUAAUCCGCAACGCCGGUGCGGACGCCAGCGACGCUCUACGCUCUAUUGUAAUCUCGCAGCAGCUGCUGGGAACUCGAGAGAUCCUACUCGUCAAGCACACGGGCUGUGGCAUGUUGACAUUUACAAAUGAACAGGCACAUGCGCUCGCUGAGGAAAAUUUAGUGGGCGAUGUUGCUGCUGCUGCUGCUGAUGGUGAUCAAAGCACUGUGGAUAUCGGGUUGAAGGUGCGCCAGGCGUUGAGGAGCGAGCUGGCGGACUUUCGGCCCUUUCCACAGCUUGAGGAGUCUGUGAGGGGGGAUGUUAAGUGGUUGAAUGAGCAUGUGCUCGUUACGUCUGGGAUUCCUAUUUCUGGAUGGGUGUAUGAGGUUGAAACGGGGAAGGUGAGGAGGGUUGUUUAA